UAUUAAUUUUCUGUUUUGUUCUGUAUCACUAUACAACAAAAAUUCAUAGGAUAAUUAUCUUCAAUCACUUUUUAUUUUACUUUCUAUGUUAUUUUUUUGAAAAUUUACAUGAAAAUAUAAAAUAAAUUUUCAGUUAUUUUGUUCACUUCGUUUUCAAUAUUUUGAUAUUAUUAAUAUGUUAGCAAGCAUAUGUUAUUGAUAAGUUAAUAAUUGAAUACUGCAUAAACGGAAAUCUCAUUAAUAACAUUAAUAUAAUUUCUUAUUUAUUCAGUAUUAAUAUAUACUUGUUACUUUAUCAUAUUAACAUUGAUAUUCGGUUUUUCAAAAGUUACAUAGCCAAUAUAAAAUUACACAUGCACUUUAAAGUGACGUAUGUACAUAUGUAUAAUUCUAAUAUUGGACAAAAACAAGAAACAUUUGAAGUUAGUAAGCUUAAAUGUAAUUCUAACCUCAUUUCACAAGAUACUACUAAAUGACACAUUUAUUUCGUUUGUUCAUAAACUAAUUGGUAUUUCACCUCGUUCGUGGCUAUCGCUGCAUGUGACGACAUUACUUGGAGAGACCAUGGAUAGCAGUGGGGGUAAUGACGUCGUAGCUCUCGCUUGCUCCAUUCACUGACCGGCCGUCGCCGUGAGUAGUCGUGAGUUUGUCCUGCUUUCUUCUGCACAUCGAUACCGUUCCAGGAUCUAACGGAAUAUCCCGGAAGCGUGUUUUGGACUUUCAUAGUUCUUUCUGUUCAGAUUUUUUCAACAAAUUGUUAUAGAUUUUUGUUAUACGUGUAAAGGGUAUUGACUUCGAUCGACGUAUUUUAAUCAAAGCCUGGAAUGUAUUUGUGAAAGCUACUUAUUCUUUCCAUCUUUCUUCCUUUCGUGUCUUUGCACUGUGUGCGCGCGCCUACUCGUGUGUAUGAUUUGUGUACAUAAUAGUGUUUGUACGGAUUCGAGAAGGUCUUUGGACGCGAAAGGAUACGAUCGAUUACAAUUCGUGGAAGGAGAUAUGACUGUCGCCGGAAAGAAAUACGUAGAUUGCACCGUCCUAGAAACUGAAAAUAUUGCUGACGCGGAAGACUCUUCUUACGAUAGCGAUUACGAAGCUGAAGAUUCAGUCGGAUCUACAAAUAUUCAUUCACAAGUGGAAUUGCAGGUUUCUACUGCAAGUCACUCAAAUGUGUCCCGGACUGCUUCAGACACGUUGGCUGCUGAAUUUGCAGAAUAUGUCACGGUACAAGAAAGCCCGCCGGUUCAAAGUCCAGGGUACACUGCUCGAGUAGAAUUCGCCCUUAAACUUGGAUACACGGAACGUUUGCUUCAAACAGCGUUAGAGAAGUUAGGUCCGGAUCCAGAACAAAACGAACUUUUGGCCGAGUUGAUAAAACUCGGUGCCAGUUGCUCUCAAAAGUCAAUCGACACGCCAGAAGAGGGUGAUAACGUCACAGACGCUGACUUCAUGUCUAGCGAAAACAGUGGAUGUUCCAGUAGUCUUAGAUCUGUUGUAAUUGAUGGAAGCAAUGUGGCGAUGAGUCACGGAAACAAUGAAAUAUUUUCUUGUAGAGGAAUUAAAAUUUGUGUGGACUGGUUUAAGGCUCGAGGGCACAAAGAAAUCACCGUGUUUGUACCAAAGUGGAGGAAGGAAACCUCCAGGAUUGAUAAUCCUAUCGCCGAUCAAGAAAUUUUAGGAGAAUUAGAAAGGGACCGUUUGUUAGUUUUCACUCCAUCUAGAUUAGUUGGUGGCAAAAGAAUGAUUUGUUACGAUGAUCGUUAUAUCUUGAAACUAGCAGCAGAAAUUGAUGGUAUUGUUGUCAGCAAUGAUAAUUACAGAGAUUUGGCACAGGAAAAUCCAGAGUUUCGAAAAGUUAUAGAAGAAAGAAUUUUGAUGUAUACCUUUGUAAAUGAUCGUUUCAUGCCACCAGAUGAUCCACUAGGUAGAAGUGGUCCCACACUAGACAAUUUUUUAAAAACUUUUCCCCAAAAAACCGAUCCUGCACCACCUUGCCCAUACGCGAAGAAAUGUACUUAUGGGAAUAAAUGUAAAUUUCGACAUCCAGAAAGAGGUCUGCAUCCUCAGAAAUCAGUUACAGAGAAACUAGUAGAACAUGUGCAAAAGCAGCUUCAAGUAAAAGGUUCAAAUCCAAGUGUAUUUGCAUCGAACAAUAUAUCUUCCAAUACAUAUCAGCAUCAACCACUUUGCAAAACCAAAUCAAUGGUAACUACUACUAUUCAGUCGUUACCUUCAGUUACAAAAAGUAGAUCAGCAGAAAAUGUUAUGCUUGAACAACCAAUAAAUUCUACGAUACAUGGGUCACAAGUUCCAUCUACCACAAGUUCUCAAGGUUAUUGUUCUCCCUGCCGGUCAGCAGGAAGAAUGAAUAAUCCAGAAGCGGAACCACCAAAUAUACAUAAGAAGUUGCAGAGACAGUUGACUUUAAAUCCAGUAUACGAUCCCCGACUCCACCAGCUGAGACAGUAUCAACAAACAUCUCAAAUAAAUUCGUUAUCACAACAAACUGUAAUAACAUCUUCUACAGCACAGCACAGAUCUUUAACUAGACAUUCUAGCAACGAAUCAGCCUAUAAAGUUGGCAUGAAUUGGGACCAUACUGAAGGAGGACAGCAUCAUCAACAUGUAACACGUAUUGCUUCGGCGCCAGAUUCUUACCAAGCAUGGUUGUCAAAUAAUUCAAACAUGACUCUACCAUCAGGAUCGAAUCAACGAUUGGGUGCUUCAGAUUCACAAUUAAAUGUUCAUAUAUCUCCCUUAUAUUCAGCUAUGCCGCCAGACAUGUUAAGGGAUUUUCUUGAUAUCAGAGCAAAAAUACAUUAUCAUUUGUCAAAUGUUUUUCCUGAGGAACAUGUGAGAACCGCUAUGUUAAUUCAUCCAUUUGAAACAGAUGCAGUAGAAAUCUGUGUUGCUAUUUUGAAAAUGUAUCCCCAAUAAUGGAAUAAGAAAAUCAUUUCGUACAUUUAUUUAAUUUUUAUUUAUUAAAUGAAUAUAUCAAUAAUUUUAAAACAUUUUCAAAAAAUAUAUUCAAUUAUAUAAAAUUUUUUUAAAAAUUAAGCAAAUGUUUAUUAUAUAAUUAAUACUUUUUUAAACAAAUUAUUUAUUUUCUAAUAAGAAGAACUGUAUGAUUUUGCACAUAGACAAUUAAUAAUUUACGACAUAUUUAACAUUAAAAUUUUGAGAUAGCUUUAUCUAAUGAAUAGCAAAUCAGAUGAUGUAAUGAGUUAAAUCACUAUACAUUUUUGCUCAGGGUUGAAUUUUUAUCUCUAGCUAUGACUUGUUUAUAUUGCUUUUCUUAUAAAAAUAUGCGAACUGUUGUUACCUUACGUUAUAUUAUGUUCCGUAUUAUGUUUCUAAUUGUAAUCUUUUUUAUUUUUUUAUAUUUGACUUAUAAUUAAUUUUUGAGUUUGUGUAUUCUGUUGGAAAGGAUAUCUCAAAAAUUUAACAUUAAAUUUUUUUAUAAUUUACCGGAUAUCUAUAUUUUAAACUAUAUAGAUAUCAUUAUUUUAAUUAUUACAAAACCUAACAGUAUGCGAAAGUAUAAAUAA